UUCAACCUGGGCUCAGAGCCUAUCGUCAGCUGUGUGGCCACUGGCAACCCCCUGCCCACCAGUGACAGCGUGGAGCUGCGCAAGGCUGACGGCACCGUGCUCAAGCUCAUCAAAGCCAUCAUCGAGCCAGGGAAGAUCACCUGCGAAUUUCAGGUGCAGCACCUGACGAAGGCGGACACAGGGCUCUGGGAGUGCCGGGUCUCCACCACCGGGGGCCAGGACAGCCGCAAAGUCAAGGUCAACAUCCGAGUGCCGCCAGCACCCCUGAGCCCCCCUCGGCUGUUGGCCAAGCAGAGCCGCCAGCUCGUGGUAUCACCCAUGGACUGCUUCUCUGGUGACGGACCAAUCAUUUCUAUCAAGCUGCUCUACAAGCCCAAGGAUGACACCUCAGCGUGGUCAUCCAUUGUUGUUGACAACAGCGAGAACAUCACCCUCAUGAACCUCCGUCCAGUGACCGCCUACAUUGUCAAGGUGCAGCUGAGUCGACCCGGGGAUGGUGGGGAGGGCAGCAAGGGGCCCGAGGCUGUCAUGGUGACCGAGUGCCUUGAGCCCACAGUCAAGCCUGUGAUCGAAGGCUGGUCCAUAGAGGAGAAAAACACACUUCAUGUCAACUGGAAAUUGCCGAGUAACCACGAGCCGGCGCACGGGUUCAUCGUCCACCUCUUUGACUCCGCGAAGCGGCUGGUUUGUGAGAAAAACAUCACGUCCAUCUCUGUGCUCUCUGCCCGCAUCGGGGACCUGGAGUUCAACAAAGAGUAUGGGCUGGAGGUGCUGGUGUACCACUGCACCAGCCUGGGGCCUCCCUCUGACCUCUACAAGGUCAUGAUCAACAGCAAAGGGCCCUCUUCUCCACGGUUGCUCUCAGCAGAGUCUAUGUCUGACACCGUCAUCAAGCUCUCCUGGCAGGUCCCCGAGUACCCCAAUGGGGGCAUUACCAAGUACAUUGUGGAGCUGCAGCAGGUGGGGGGCACCAGCGAGCCCCAGUGGAUCGACACCGACAGCGGCGCCGAGACCAACAAGAUUGUUGGGGGCCUCAACGCCAGCACCACCUACCAGUUUCGUGUUCGUGCCAAUUCCCAUGUCCCAGGAGAAUGGAGUCAACCUGUGAAAGCCAAGACCUUAGGGGACGGAGCACUGAGCGUGCCACCCAGCCUGGGCAGUCAGAGCAACGAGCAGGCGGGAAUAGACCAGCAGCUGCUCUUGGCCAUCGUUGGCUCCGUGUCCGUCACGUGCCUCACUAUCCUCUUUGCCCUCCUGGCGCUUUUCCUCAUCAAGAAGAAUUUUUUCCACCGGCGUCGCACCUUUACAUACCAGUCUGGCUCGGGAGAAGAGACCAUCCUGCAGUUCAACUCGGGGACCCUGACCCUGACCCGCCGGCCCAAGCCACAGCCUGAGCCCCUCAGCUACCCAAUCCUGGAGUGGGAAGACAUCAAGUUUGAGGACAUGAUCGGAGAGGGCAACUUUGGGCAGGUCAUCAGGGCCAUGAUCAAGAAGGAUGGCCUGAAAAUGAAUGCAGCCAUCAAGAUGCUGAAAGAGUUCGCUUCAGAGAAUGAUCAUCGGGACUUUGCCGGGGAGCUGGAGGUGCUGUGCAAAUUGGGCCAUCACCCCAACAUCAUCAACUUGCUGGGUGCCUGUGAGAACAAGGGCUACUUGUACAUUGCCAUUGAGUAUGCUCCCUACGGAAACCUUCUUGACUUCCUCCGCAAAAGCCGAGUCCUGGAGACGGACCCAGCCUUUGCCAAGGAGCAUGGCACUGCCUCCACCCUCACCUCCCAGCAGCUCCUCCAGUUUGCUUCAGAUGUGGCCAAGGGGAUGCAGUACCUCAGUGAGAAGCAGUUCAUUCACAGGGACUUAGCAGCCAGGAAUAUCCUGGUAGGAGAAAAUCUGGCCUCCAAGAUUGCAGACUUCGGCCUCUCCAGAGGGGAGGAAGUAUAUGUGAAGAAGACAAUGGGCCGCUUGCCAGUUCGCUGGAUGGCCAUCGAGUCCCUGAACUACAGCGUGUACACUACCAAGAGCGAUGUGUGGUCAUUCGGUGUCCUGCUCUGGGAGAUCGUCAGCUUAGGAGGGACGCCGUACUGUGGGAUGACCUGCGCUGAGCUCUAUGAGAAGCUGCCCCAGGGCUACCGCAUGGAGAAGCCACGCAACUGUGAUGACGAAGUGUACGAGCUGAUGCGGCAGUGCUGGCGCGACCGCCCCUACGAGCGCCCGCCCUUUGCCCAGAUCUCCAUGCAGCUCAUCCGUAUGCUGGAGGCCAGGAAGGCCUACGUGAACAUGGCUCUGUUCGAGAACUUCACCUAUGCGGGGAUCGAUGCCACUGCUGAGGAGGCGUGA